AUGGCUGAAGACCCGUUCAGUAUGGAGGAGAACAAGUCAACAGAGCAACCUUCAGAAAUGCCUGUGGUUGUCCCAGUGGUGCCGGUCAUUUCACCGCCUAAUGACACCGUGAUGCCACUGCUACAGGAGCUACAGAACGACUCAUCGACGACUGUAGACGAAGUAGAGAUGACGACAAUUGGUCUACAGGUGCCUGUCGUCCAGACAGCGCUUGAAGGACGAGUACUGAAGGAGAAAGAAGAGGCCCAUUCCACAACUGAUAGUGACACUCAUACUGAUGCAGCAGUCAGAACUACUGAACUUCCAUUCCUAACAGAAAAACUCGCCGAAGAAGAAUUGGCUUCAGAAAGCACUUCAGUGGCCGGACCCGAAGAGACUUCACCUGAUCGAAGUGAAUCGCCAUUCGAUGUUUCAACUGCUGAAAGCAAUCUUUCCCCACAGACAGAAUCAUCGCCUACUGAAGAGCCAACCGAGUUAACUCCAAGUGUCUCCCGAGUGUUUACCGAUACGUCCUCUACCACUACCACCUCUUCGACCACUUCUUCGACCUCUCCCACGACAGCUUUCGAUGAUGAUGCUCUGCCAUUUGACCAAGACAAGCUAUCUGGACUGUUCGAACAAGACGGAUCGUUCAUACCGGAUCAUCUCAUUAAUCAGCCACAUUCAGAGCCUGUCUUCCCACGGGUAGAAUUGCCAGAAGAAAGUGCAGAGAUAAUCAACGAGAAAAAGAAACCAACCACCAGUGGAUCCUUCAUGAUCGACUCCAAGCCUUCUACCGUAGUUGCUGACAUCCAUGAUACGACACCACCCGCUACUGGUAUGGCUACGACCUCACACCCACGGCCAUCGAUUGUUAUUCAGCCGAUCGUUACAAAGACGACAAUCAACGAGUUCCACGUUUUGGGACGACAGCCUGACUUGGAUGACGUAGAAGCUCCCCAUCAUAUCAUGCCUACGGAGCAAACGGGUACUGAAGCAAUGCCGUCUUCGUCAGCCGUCACCGUUGGUACUCCUCCUAGUGUUCCUGAGCAUACACCUGAAGGGACGGCUCAUCAUGUGCACGAAGUCACUGACGAACAUACUCCAGAAUCGGCGCCAAUGCCGGCUCCAGAACCGCUUCCGCAACCGACUGCAACCAGUGACCACUCAGAACAUGAAUCAGUGCCCAAACCUCAGCCUGAGCCUCAACCUGAGCCCCAACCGGAGCCCCAACCAGAGCCAAAGGCGGAACCGCAGCCAGAGCCUCAGCCUGAACCACAGCCGGAACCCCAGCCUGAACCUUCGCCAGAAGCUACUCCUGAACCAAGACCGCAAUCAGAAUCCGAGGCUGAACCACAUCCGCAUCCAGAGCCUGAGCCGGUACCCAAACCCGAGCCAGAACCAGUGCCAAAUGCUCGGCCACCACCACCACUACCCGAACCAGCUCCGGAGCCUACCCCGAGCUACCUCAAGAAGUCAUCGUUCACAAUGCGGAUCACUUCUAUCGAAUUUAUGGAAGAAUUCGAGGACAAAGACAGUGGAAAGUUCAAGAAGCUUAGCGAUCAGGUCGUGCCACAGAUGAGUGAAAUAUUGAAGACAAUUCUUGGUGAUAACUUCGCCGGCUUUGAAAUCUCAUCACUAGCCAAAGGUUCAGUUAUCGUCAAUGGAGUAAUUCUGACACAAGAGGAUAUCCAGGAUGCCGAAGAAUUGGCCACCAAGAUCGAAACCGCCAUCUCGUCAAAUGGUUCACUGAUUGGCCAAAAUGAAGUGGAUUUAAGGAGUAUCACUGUAAAUGGUAUUCCAUCGCGAGCAUACAUCGAACGAGUACAUUCCGCCUACCCACAGAGUGCCUCACCGUCAGCUCUGUUGAUCGGUUCGAUCAUCGCUGUCGGUGUACUUGUUAUACUCAUCGUUGCAUUUGUUGUUAUCGCGCUGAAUAACCGACGGACAAAUGGUUCAAUGAAAUUGAAGGCCGAUGAAAUGCCACGGUUGGAAUCAGGGAAAGCAGCCUAUGCCAAUCCUCAAGCGGUUACUGUGAAUUUAAUGUCUUAUGGUAAUGGUACGACGGCCACGCCUCCUCAACAAGGACAAGUGGUAACGAUUUCAUCGCAGUUUCCCGACUCAACCCCGACAUGCCAUUUUUGA